AAGCAGCAUUGAGAUUUCAGCGAACAGUGUUAAGAGACCAAAACAUGUGUAGCUCCUAUUGGAAAACAUGCUGUCCCCAGUAAGCACGAUGUGUCUGUUUGAUGGGGUGACAUCUAGCUGAGUUCUAGCAAAAGCAUCGGUGGAAUCCACAGUUUAAAUACGGAUAGUAGCCUACAAUAAGCACGAGCGUUCAGCGAGACGAGAUUUGAACGCGCUGCUGCAGAAGAUCAGCGGACGGCUGUCUGAGAUCUAUUUAACAACACUUCUUUGUUUCUCCGUGUAAUCACGGUUUGCUUUCGUCUUAAAUAUGGCGAGCGAUUCUCCGGUUCGGACUCUGAAUGAAAUAGACCUCUCCGCGUUAAGGGACCCUGCAGGAAUAUUUGAGCUGGUGGAGCUGGUGGGCAAUGGCACGUAUGGUCAGGUGUACAAGGGCCGACAUGUCAAAACAGGUCAACUGGCUGCCAUCAAGUGCAUGGAUGUCACAGGGGAGGAAGAUGAGGAGAUCAAAGCGGAGAUCAACAUGCUGAAGAAAUACUCUCACCACAGGAACAUUGCCACCUUCUAUGGUGCCUUCAUUAAAAAGAACCGUAUCGGUGUGGACGACCAGCUGUGGCUGGUGAUGGAGUUCUGUGGCGCAGGCUCAGUGACAGACCUGAUCAAGAACACCAAGGGCAACUCGCUGAGGGAAGACUGGACUGCCUACAUUAGCAGAGAGAUCCUCAAGGGACUCAGUCAUCUCCACCAACACAAAGUCAUCCACAGAGACAUCAAAGGACAGAAUGUGCUGCUAACAGAGAACGCGGACGUCAAACUAGUGGACUUCGGUGUGAGUGCACAGCUGGACCGCACCGUGAGCCGCAGGAACACUUUCAUCGGCACUCCUUAUUGGAUGGCACCAGAGGUCAUCGCCUGUGAUGAGAAUCCUGAUGCUACGUAUGACUUUAAGAGUGACCUGUGGUCAUUGGGAAUCACAGCCAUAGAGAUGGCCGAUGGUGCCCCACCCCUUUGUGAUAUGCACCCAAUGAGAGCCCUGUUUCUGAUCCCUAGAAAUCCUGCUCCUCGGCUCAAGUCCAAGAAGUGGUCUAUAAAGUUCCAUAAAUUCAUUGAGUGCUGUCUUGUGAAAAACCACAACAAGAGGCCCAGCACAGAGCAGCUGCUCAAACAUCCCUUUGUCCAUGAACUGACCAGUGAGAGACAGAUCCGCAACCAACUCAAGGACCACAUCGACCGCACCAAGAAGAAGAGAGGCGAGAGAGAUGACACCGAGUACGAGUACAGUGGGAGUGAAGAGGAGGAAGAGAAGCAUGACAUUGGAGAACCCAGCUCUAUCAUUAACAUGCCCGGAGAGUCCACUCUGAGGCGGGAUUUCCUACGGCUGCAGCUGGCCAAUAAAGAUCAACCCGAGGACCUGCUCAGACAACAGCAGCUGGAACAACAGCAGAAUGAGGAACACAAGCGCCAACUACUGGCAGAGAGACAGAAACACAUCGAGGAAGAAAAAGAACAGCGGCGGCGUUUAGAAGGGGAGUAUAUCCGUCGUCAGUUGGAGGAGGAACAGAGACAGCUCGAGAUCCUGCAGCAGCAGCUCUUGCAAGAGCAGGCACUCUUACUGGAGUAUAAACGUAAACAGCUGGAGAAACAGAGACAGGCCGAGAGAUUGCAGAGACAACUCAAGCAAGAGAGGGAUUACCAACAGCAGAUAGACUCAAGACCUCCAGAGAAGCAACUCUACCACUACAAAGAUGCCGACAAACUCAGCGACAAACCUGCCUGGGCCCAAGAGGUCCAUCUUCAGCUCUUGAAAGCUAGCCAACCCAUCUACACCAAGCAUUCCUCAUCCCCAUCCCGUCAGCGUCACCCCCCCCACCGGACCCACUCAGACCCAACUAAACUGUUUCUCCCUUUAAGUGAAAGGAUCAAAAAACAUUUACAGCAGAAGCAGCAGCAGCAGCAUCACCCCAACUUCCAUGUCUCAGGCCAGCAAGGAAGUCGAUUGAACAUUAGCCAGCAGGAGCGACAGUUUAGGGUCUGCCAUAAGGCUGGGCAUCAUGCCCGCAGACGCAAGCCAAACCCAGUCAUCACCAAACCGGUUGAGGAACGCUCUAAACUGAACCGCCUGAGCUCUCCUGCCCUGCAGCAUAAAGUGGCUAACCGUAUCUCUGACCCUUCCCUUCCGCCACGCUCGGAGUCCUUUAGCAGUGGGGGUAUGCAGCCGGCACGGACCCCUCCUAUCCACCGCCCUGUGGAGCCUCAGAUGGCUCAUUUGGUUCCAGUGAGGUCCCAUAGCUCCUCUCUGUCGGUCUCCCAGUCCUUGCAUGAUCCGUCAGCCAAAGGUGUUUCAGCCUUCCAGGAGAUCCUGGUGUCCCCUCGGCCAGAGCUGCCACGGCAGAACUCCGACCCGACUUUAGAGAUACCCCCUCCGGCCCCUCGCAUGGCCAGCCGCGAGGAAAAGCCUGACUGCAGUUCCCCCUGGCUAAUGGAAGAUGACAUUCCUCCCAAGUUGUGCAGUACUACCCAGGUGCCCCAACGGACCACUUCUAUCUCCCCUGCUCUGGUCAGGAAGAACUCUCCUGGAAAUGGAGAGUCUGGUCUGGCCUCUCUGGCCUCUCUGCUCAUCCGCACCAGUAAUCCAGACCUGAGGAGGGCAGAGCUGUCCCUGGAUGUGGCUCUGCAGAGAACAAGCAGUAACAGCUCAUCCAGCUCCAGCACACCCAGCUCUCAGGGCUGCUCCAUGCCUGGAUCCAGUGGGAGGAACCAGCAGAAAGGCUCUGGUAAAUCAGAAGGAUCUCCAGUGGCAUUACAGGAGACUUCCAAACCCACUCAGGAUGAAAGCAGAGAUUUGAACAAACCUGGUCGACCUGCGGAUCUGACUGCCCUGGCUAAAGAACUGAGGGAACUGCGAAUAGAUGAGAUCAACCGGCCGCCCCUUAAACUGACCGACUACUCUUCCUCUAGUGAGGACACUGAGAGCAGUGAGGAUGAGGAUGGUAUUGUGGGGCAUGACGGCACAGUGCCAGUCAGUGACAUCCCCAGGAUCAUGCCGUCUGUUCGGAGAAAUAAUGGGUCUUUCACAAGCAGCCACGAUGAGUCCUUUGGCGACUCCUACAAUGCUGAGUCUAAAGAUGGCACCCUAAGAAUGAGAGAGAGCAAUGAAAAGCAACGCUUGGGCCACAGUGAGAGCAAUGGUUUCGCAGGCCACGGGAACUUACCAGACCUGGUGCAGCAAAGCCACUCCCCAUCAGGAACUCCAACAGGCCUUAAUUCCCAUCACCUAGACUCUAUGGAUGAGUUUUGUCAUGGAGGUGGUUCGAAAGCUUCUUUCACCCCGUUUAUGGACCCAUGUGUAUAUCAGAGCUCCCCCACAGACGACAACGAUGAGAGCUCAGCCGCUUUUUUUGCUAAUGAGCUGUUGCAUCAGGAACAGGCCAAACUGAACGAGGCUCGCAAGAUCUCUGUGGUCAAUGUCAACCCCACCAACAUCAGACCUCACAGCGACACCCCAGAGAUCCGCAAGUACAAGAAGCGCUUCAACUCGGAGAUCCUGUGUGCUGCUCUAUGGGGUGUGAAUCUCUUGGUGGGCACUGAGAACGGUUUAAUGCUGCUGGACCGCAGUGGUCAGGGCAAGGUGUAUAACCUCAUCACUCGCCGACGCUUCCAACAGAUGGAAGUUCUAGAAGGUCUAAAUGUCCUGGUCACCAUAUCAGGGAAGAAAAACAAGCUGCGUGUCUACUAUUUGUCAUGGCUGAGAAACAGGAUACUGCACAAUGAUCCGGAGGUAGAGAAGAAACAGGGCUGGAUCACUGUUGGGGAUCUGGAAGGCUGUAUUCACUAUAAAGUUGUGAAAUACGAGAGAAUUAAAUUCCUGGUGAUCGCACUGAAGAACUCUGUAGAGAUUUAUGCAUGGGCCCCCAAGCCGUACCAUAAAUUCAUGGCAUUCAAGUCGUUCACAGAGCUGCAACACAGGCCUCAGCUGGUGGACCUGACAGUAGAAGAGGGUCAAAGGUUAAAGGUCAUCUAUGGCUCUAGUGUGGGCUUUCAUGUCAUAGAUGUGGAUUCUGGAAACCCUUAUGACAUCUACAUACCAUCACAUAUCCAGAGCAGCGUGACCCCUCAUGCCAUUGUGGUGCUUCCUAAGACUGAUGGCAUGGAGAUGCUGCUGUGUUAUGAAGAUGAGGGCGUUUAUGUCAACACCAACGGCAGAAUCACCAAGGACGUGGUCUUGCAGUGGGGAGAGAUGCCCACCUCUGUUGCUUAUAUCCACUCCAACCAGAUCAUGGGCUGGGGAGAGAAAGCCAUUGAGAUCCGCUCUGUUGAAACGGGCCACCUGGACGGUGUUUUCAUGCACAAGAGAGCUCAGAGACUCAAGUUCCUCUGUGAGAGGAAUGACAAGGUGUUCUUUGCCUCGGUCCGAUCAGGCGGUAGCAGUCAAGUGUUCUUCAUGACGCUGAACAGGAACUCUUUGAUGAACUGGUGAAGCUCCCUCAGACCCAACACCGUGGAGCCUUUUUCCUGUCAGCAGUACAUUGCAGGCGACAGUACAUUGACAGUUUGGUCUGAAAAAGAUUUAAAAAAUAUUAGUUACUCUUGAGGAGUGAGCUUGGAGACAUGGGCCUGUCCCGUAAGAAGAGCACUGGCUCUCUGCACACUGACGUCACCUGCAGUGGCACGCAGUUCUCAGAAGAGGGGGCUCAUUAACUUGAACUAGGUUUUACACCUUAUUUGUGGCCUCUGGUAAAGCCGGUUCUUUUCGGGGGUCCUCCCCUUUAUGCCCCUGUUUUGAUUGACUUUUUCCAAUGAAUUUUAGUCAGUUGCAUGAUUGUAAAGACUUGGACAAUAUUAAAAAGAUAACAAACGUGGGGAUAAACAUUAGCAAGCACUCAGGCUAAGACCAAGCUUUAGCCUCUUGAUGUUUCGCUUUCUCUUGAUAUUGGCCAACACUUCCGUCGGUUUGACAAAUAUCUGUGACGGCCAUUUUUGUCCCGAUUCCUCUAAAGUGAACAACAUGCUUGAAAGAAACUGAAUAACGCUGGUGCUCAUUUGUAUAUUGUCAACAAAAUCCAUAAACUGGACAUUUAUCCAAAGUACUGUAUCUCAAAAUAUAGUUGAGUAUGUUUGAUAGCUCUUGAGGUUGGAAAUACGGAGCUGAAUGGAUCAUGAAUGCAUCUUUAAGUUGCAUACAAAGUUUUGAAUCCUUUACUCCAUUUUUGUUUUCUGAAUGUUUGAAACAAGAAGAAAUGGAAGCACAAAAGUUAACAGUGAAAUCUAGCCAUAUGCGGAAGAAAACAGUCCUCCUCACUGGUUGCAUGUUUGUGUCGACACUGGAUCAGAUGUUGUGCGAUGUGUAUGUCAGAGCAACAUAUCUGAGAUGAAAAAAAAUAAAAUAAAAAAUAGAAAGAUAAAAGCACCUGUAUUUCGGUGACUAUUGAGAAUUGAUGAUGACUUUAUUUAGAUUUAAUUAUGGUGUCUACUAGCACAAAUUAGCCUGUGUGAAAUCGAUUUUUAGAGGCACAUUGAUUUUCUAUUUUUGCAUAAUAUUUUUUACGGCAUAACUCUUAUGUUUCGGCCAUCAUUUGUAGGCCGUAAGUCUCUCUUUUCAACAUUUCCGAAGUCUCAGCAUUGUUCAGUUAAGCUGUAGCUUCUUAAAACUUUUAUUUUGCACCAGUGUUUAAUGGGUUAAACAAACCUGGGGCUCAAAAACAUUCCAAAAAAAGGAAAGGUUUCUUCAUCUGAUAAGUAUGAUCAACGAUCUCUUGGACUACAAUAUCACAAAUGUUGAUCUUAACUUCUUGGUACAAAUGUUGGUACAGAGCCGCUACAGAAGAUCAACAGAUAUUAACCAUAAUGUGUUGUUUUUGUAUUGUUCAUUAGCUCUUUUUUUCAGUUUAUGACUUUUUUUUUCUUUUUUUCGUUUGUAUGUUUGCCUGGGUCUUCAGUUUAACGCUUUAAAUGUUCUCGAAGUCGCUUGGUUUUUGCACACUAUAUAUAUAUAUUUAUAUUUCUUUCACAUCUCUUACAUAGAAAAAGAAGAUAUUUUGAUGAUAAGGGAAUGAGAGGUUUUUAGCAAUAAUGUCCUGCUGAUGUAUGUAUGUAUGUGUGCUGUGUGAAACACUGUGUUCGGCCAGUGCUGGGGAAGAACCUCACCUGAGCUCUUUUAAUUAACUACUUUAUUUGACACUCAAGAAUGGUUACUUAAUGUUUCUGUCUUAAUAUGUUUUUAAUGAUCAUCGAAAGCUGUAAACAAGAUUUUAAUUUAUUUUACGGUGAUAUAAGCACUAUAUCCUCUUUUGUUUUUUUGUUUUUUAUUAUUUUAUGAUAAGAAAAAAAUAAAUAAACAAAUCAGUACCUUU